AUGAAUCAGCAUCACGCCCUUCACAACGUCUUGGUCUUUCAUCUUCAUCAUCGCAUCUUGGUCAUCACAAGUUACCAAGAACAACCUGAACUCCCAACCAUCGGUCAUCAACACGAGCAACAGCAAAACUACACCCAUCUCCACCCCAACACUGCCAAGAUGUCCUCAACUUCAACAACACCAACAACAUCCUCUUCAACCCUUCACAGCAUUCCCCUCGCCUUCGGCCUCGCUCUCGUCCCCCACGCCUACGGCCUCACUCGCCUCAUGAUCGCUACACGCAACACCCAAUCCAACGCCAUGCCACGCACAAGCCUCGAAACAUUCAAAACCUCCCUUCCCAAAGAUCUCUACCACCAUCUCGUCCGCGCUCGAGGCGCACAUCUGAACUCCUUGGAAGUCUUUCCCUUAUACGCAGCCGCAGUGCUUGCAGGUCAGCAAGCCAAGCUCUCCGAGAAGGAAAUGGGGAGUCUGGUUGGAGGCUUCUUUGCUGCGAGGGUGGUGUAUUUAGGAUUGUACAUGAGUGUGAAGAGUGAUGUGUUGGCUUUGGUGAGUUUUCGUUUUCAAUGUCUUGCUUGGUGGGUGUUUUACUGAUGUUUCCGCUUUGCAGGCAAGAACAGCGGCGUAUAGCUGGAGUAUCGCGCUUCCAAUCAUGGCGCUCUGGAAAGCAGGUAGUGUGCUUGCGGAAAAGCAGUGAGGAGUCCCAUGUACUCGAGUAGCUCCAGCCGUGUAGGAAGGGAACAGGCCACUCCAAGCUUUGUCCGAUCUUCAAUACUCA